AUGGAUUUAAAAUAUUUUUUUUCUGGUAGAGUUAAUAAAAAAAUUUUGGACCCAAACAAUAUAUUUAUUGUUGAACAAAAUAAAAAAACCACUAAUAUAGAUGAUAAUGAAGAACUUUCAAAUUUAAUUAAAAAAGUAAAACCAUGUAAUAAUCCAAAUGACCCAGUUAAUAUUUUAUUUAAUAAUAUUUUAACAGAAAAAAGAACUCAAGGUGAUGACCAAUGUUCCUAUUUCAGUGUCACUGAAUCAAUCAAUAGUCUAACUCCCACAGCAAAUUUUUAUGGAAAUCUCAAAACGUUAAUAAAAGCAUACAAAGAAAAUCAUCCUAAAACCACGAACAAUGACACUCUAAUUAAAGAUUCCAUAAACCUACAUAUGGUAUCAAGUGUUGCAUCAAUGAAAUUUGGAAUACCUUUUGAAAUAGGAGAUAAAAAAGAUCCAAAUCAAAGUGAUAUGGCUAUUAAAGCUUUGAUUUCAAAAAAAAGAGUAUCUUUCGGGAUGGAGUUAUCUCAAAGAUUAUGGUGUAUUUUUGGAAAACGUGCCAAAGGUGAAAGGGCAGAAGAUGAUGCAGAAAGGGAAGGUGGAGAGACUUCAAGACAUGCAAUGAACAUUGUAGGCUUUAACCUUGUGGAAGACAACUUCAUCAUCAAAAACUAUUGGGGAGAAAAAAAUUUCAUUUAUCUUCCUUUCAAAGUUUUGGAUUUAAUAGAUUUAACAAAACCAGAGCUUUAUUUUUUUUAA